UUUCCUAAAAGGUCUCAAUCAAUAUGUAAUUCUAGUUUUUCCAUCAUCCAUUCUGAUAUAUGGGGACCUAGUCGUAUCUCCUCCUUUGGUUAUAGAUAUUUUGUUACCUUUAUUGAUGAAUAUUCAAGAUGUACUUGGGUUUAUCUUAUGAAAAAUCGUUCUGAAUUGUUAGCUAUCUUUACAUCCUUUUUGAAUGAAAUCAAGAAUCAAUUUGGUCAAGUAAUCAAAAUAUUAAGAAGUGAUAAUGCCAAAGAGUAUUUUUCAUCCUCCUUUUCUGCCAUCUUGAGUUCCCAUGGUAUCUUACAUCAGUCUACUUGUCCUCAUACACCACAGCAAAAUGGUAUAGCAGAACGAAAAAAUAGACACUUGGUUGAAACUGCUCGUACCCUUUUGCUUGGUGCCCAUAUUCCUGUCCAUCACUGGGGGGAUGCCAUCUUAACUGCAUGUUAUCUUAUUAAUAGGAUGCCCUCCUCCUCUCUUGAUAAUAAAGUCCCUUUCUCCAUUUUGUUUCCUAAUGAUCCUCUCUUUCAUACAUCUCCCCGAGUGUUUGGCUGUGUAUGUUUUGUUCAUGACAUGUCUCCAGGUCUAGACAAACUCUCCGCUCGCGCUCUCAAAUGUGUCUUCUUAGGCUAUUCUCGACUUCAAAAAGGAUAUCGGUGUUACUCUCCUGAAACUAAGAAGUAUUACAUGUCUGCCAAUGUCACAUUCUUUGAACAGACUCCUUACUUCUCUCCAUCUGUUCAGGAUGUUUCUAUCCUCCAGCAGGUCCUUCCUAUUCCAAUGGUUGAGUCAAAUAGCUCCACUGUCUCUGUCAUUCCCAGUCAUGAUCACAAUCCUUUUACACCUGUUUCUCCACAUACUGAGAUCAUCCCACACAGGGCCCCAAUGGAUAGUCCACCUCCCCAAGACAAUGGUGAAUCUCCUACUUCAGAUUCUUCUCCCUCGUCACCUCCUCCCACGCCUCCUGGUGCAAAUGAUUCAGCAUGGCCUAUUGCCCUCAGAAAAGAAUGUGAAAGAAGCACUUGAUCAUCCUGGAUGGCGACAAGCUAUGAUUGCAGAAAUGCAGGCUCUUGACCACAGUAAUACUUGGGAGCUGGUGCCCCUUCCCCCAGGAAAAAAGGCGGUUGGUUGUCGAUGGGUGUAUGCAGUUAAAGUUGGCCCUGAUGGUGAAAUUGAUCGGCUCAAAGCUCGGCUUGUUGCAAAAGCCAUUCGUCACUGGCCACUUCAUCAAUUGGAUAUCAAGAAUGCCUUCCUACAUGGUGAUCUUGAGGAAGAAGUUUAUAUGGAGCAACCUCCAGGGUUUGUUGCUCAGGGGGAGUCUGGUAUGGAAAUGAUGCUGUUGGAAUAUCUCAACUAAAAGAGUACUUGUGUAGACAUUUUCAAACCAAGGAUCUUGGAAGUCUCAAAUAUUUCUUAGGCAUUGAAGUAGCGCAAUCAAAAGAUGGAGUUGUAAUCUCCCAAAGGAAGUAUGCUCUUGAUAUAUUACAAGAAACAGGCAUGAUUGAUUGUAGACCGGUAGACAGUCCCAUGGACCCAAACCAGAAAUUAAGGACAGAAGAAGGUGAAUUAUUCUCCGAUCCAGAGAGGUAUAGGAGGCUGGUUGGCAAACUGAUUUAUCUCACUAUUACAAGGCCAGAUCUAUCCUUUGCAGUUGGAGUGGUUAGUCAGUUCAUGCAGGCUCCAUGUAUUGACCAUUGGAAUGCUCUCAUUCGCAUUCUAAGGUAUGUAAAGAAGGCUCCCGGGCAAGGAUUGUUAUAUGAAGAUAAAGGAAGCAUUCAUGUCUCUGGGUAUUGUGAUGCAGAUUGGGCAGGUUCACCUAUUGAUAGACGGUCUACAACAGGAUAUUGUGUUUUUCUGGGAGGAAACAUUAUUUCAUGGAAAAGUAAGAAACAGAAUGUAGUAGCUCGAUCAACCGCGGAAGCCGAGUAUAGGGCAAUGGCAUCACUAACAUGUGAACUUAUAUGGGUGAAACAAUUCCUUCAAGAGGUUAAAUUUUGUGACAUCCAUACUAUGAAGAUGUAUUGCGACAAUCAAGCUGCUCUCCACAUUGCAUCAAAUCCAGUGUUUCACGAGAGGACUAAACAUAUAGAAAUUGAUUGUCAUUUUGUUCGUGAAAAGUUGUUGACCAAAGAAAUAUGUACUGAGUUUAUUGGGUCAAACGAUCAACUCGCAGAUGUAUUGACCAAGUCAUUAAGGGGUCCUCGGAUUGAGUUUAUUUGUUCCAAGCUUGGUACAUACAAUUUGUAUGCUCCAGCUUGAGGGGGAGUGUUAGGAUAUUUAUCCUAUUUUAUCAUCAUUAUAGUGUGUCAAGGGUUACCCUAUUUAUCAUGAUUAUAUUAUGUCUAGGAUUACCCUAUUUAUCAUGAUUAUAUUGUGUCUAGGGUUACCCUAUUUAUCAUGUAUUUGUGUAUCAAUUUAUUCUUAUAAAUAGAAGAUUGUGAGAGGGAUCAAUCAAGCCCUCUAGAAUUA